AUGAAGUUCACAAACGCAAUUGCUCUCGCUAUCUUGGCUGCUACCGCCACCGCCGUCGCUAUUCCUGAGCCAUGGUGCGGAAGACCCGGUCAACCAUGCAAGCGUGAGGCCGUCGCCGUCGCUGCCCCCAUCCCAGAACCAUGGUGCGGACGUCCCGGACAACCAUGCAAACGUGAUGCCGAACCAUGGUGCGGACGCCCAGGCCAACCAUGCAAGCGCGAGGCUCUCCCUGAAGCCUGGUGCGGACGUCCCGGUCAACCAUGCAAGCGUACUCCUCUCGCUGAAGCCGAGGCCGAAGCUUGGUGCGGACGCCCUGGUCAACCUUGCCGCAAGAACAAGCGUGCUGCUGAGGCGUUAGCUGAGGCUUUCGCCGAGCCAGCCGCUGAGGCUGAUGUUGAUGAGGCCGUUAUCAAGAGAUGCAACAUGGUUGGUGGUGCUUGCUUCGAGGCUAAGAGACUCGCUAGAGAUCUUGCUGAGGCUACUGCUGAGACCAAGAGGGAUGCUGAUGCUUUCCUUGAGGGACUCAACAUUGAAUCCCGUGAGGUUUCUGAGAUCGUCGCUCGCGAGGCAGAAGCCUGGUGUGGACGUCCCGGACAACCAUGCAAACGCAACGCCGAAGCCUGGUGCGGACGCCCCGGACAACCCUGCAAACGUGACGCCGAACCAUGGUGCGGACGCCCCGGCCAACCAUGCAAAGAGAAGCGCGAAGCCGACCCCGAAGCUGAAGCCUGGUGCGGCCGUCCCGGUCAACCUUGCCGUGCUGUUCGUCGUGCCGCCGAAGCUAUGGCUGAGGCGCUCGCUGAGCCCACUGCUGAGGCAUGGUGCGGACGUCCUGGUCAACCUUGUAAGAGAGAAGCUCUUGCGGAGGCAGAGGCAAAUGCUGAGGCAUGGUGCGGUCGUCCCGGUCAACCUUGUCGCAAGGCUAAGAGAGAUGCAUUCGCUUUGGCUUAUGCUGCUGAUGUUGUGCUUGCGCAAUUGUAA